AUGGCUGCCGAUCUCACCUCACCAGAGAACUCAGAGGCUUCGACACAGGAGCUACAGGAGGCAGGGCUUGGGAUUUACGCUCCGGCUCCCUCCGAAGCCCCUACCUUCGAAGAUGCUGAACCAUUGUCGCUGGUUGUAGAGGACCGUGGUGACAAGGAGGACGAGAAUGAUCUGCUGGACAAUGCUUCCCCAGCGGAGAUUCUGGAGUUGUUGUCCGGUGUUCUGCUGAAGCCAGUAGAGGACGACCCCUAUGAUGUCUAUGAAUCCGACGACGACGACCUCGUGACACCGCCGCCACGAGAUCGCACAAACCCCGACGACACCGACGAGAAUGCAUCCGCCAAGGCUCCGCAGAAGAAGGAAGCGCUGUUGCGGGCCGCAAAAGCCAGAAUCGAUCGGAUGGUCAAAACCCAUGCUAGACGGCAAGACCUCAACACGCCGGACUGGUUGAAAGAAGAGUGGCGCACGGGGGACAAGAACGCGAUUGCACGAACGCUGCAAGAUGUGAACUUUGAUAAGGCCGAGUUCCUCGUACGCAUCAAGAUCAACAUCACCAAGAAGAACGAGAAGGAGAUUUUGGUCGAGGAGGGCUUUUACUCCCGAUCCGAGAUGAUUACUGAUCUCGGCUGGACUCGUGCGGACGGUGCGAUAGCGCUUUGCAUGAAGCGUGGGCCCGCCUACUACAGGCAGAACCAAUAUGACAACGAGUGGGAGUAUUGGGUGAAAGUGAGGGAGACUGGCAAGAGGCGGCAGGCAGUCUCCUAUGAGGAGACUGCCAAGAAGCAUCGUGAGGCGAACGAAGUGCCUGAAGACUUGCAGCAGAUCGCCAAUGAUUUGGAGAACUUCGACAUGCUUCAGGGUAUGGAGAUGCGAGCGAAGGACCCUGUGCCCCCGGCCAUACAGGACCCUUCCGCCCACAAGCACGCCCAGACCAAAGAGAGCCUCGAGAAGUUCAGCAGCUCUGUGGUGACAAAACUGGGGAAACUUCGCUCCCUCAUGAAAGAUGUGCAAAAGAACUACGCGAACACCGAUGAUGUUGCCAAGGCUAUCUCCUCUCUGGAGAAGGAUGUCAAGGCGGUGGAGGCUCAGUACGAUGGCAUCACCGAGCUCAAAACCAAGAUUGAGAUGAUGGGUAUGAAUGACGAGUUCUACAAGCAGGCAGAGCAGCGCAUCAAGGAAGCCACGCUGGUGUGUAGCAAAGCUGCUGCGACCGAGAUGAAAAUCAGGACUGCAUGGGUGGCAACCAAUAACUUUCUACGUUCCGCUAUGUGUGCCGAGGCCUCUUGCCGAUCUGCCAUCCGCACUGCCCGCAACGUGGUGAAAGACAUCGGUGUGACCCAGGCUCGUGAAAUAGGCGGCUUGCUACCGCUAGCAGGGCUGUCGCAAAACCACAGUGAAAGAGAUUCUCAUUCAUUGCUUGUGAAGAAGCUGAUGCUGUCAUUGCCAAUUCCGAUGACUGAGACUUCCAGUGAUUGCAAAUCUGGUGCAAGGGACACGAAGCACAAGGGCCUUCUAAGGCUUAGCAUCCGGGACUGGGCUCGGUAUUUGCUGCAGACAAACAGCUGGCAUACAUUGGCCGGAUUACGCAAUCCGGAUCCAAAGCGGGAGCAAAAGAUUUGGAAAGCUUUCUGGGAAAACUACAAGCUUCACGAUCCCCAACACUGGGUAUUUAAAGCUGCAGAGGAAAAGAAGUUAGCAUUGGAAAACACAGCAGCAAUCGUGCUCCAUGGGGAUGAGGGGCGCGGUCGCCGCCGCCAAGCAUUUUUUGUGCUGAGCUGGCAUUCUUGUUUGGGACGAGGCUCCACUUUGGCUUUGAGAAAUAAAUCCCUGAAGAAGGUUCGCAAACCGUACUUGAAGAUGGGGUUGAACCUGAAGGGCCACUCCUACACAACCAGAUUCGUCACGGGAGUGUUGCCAAAAAGCCUUUAUAGCGACAGUGACCAAUCCUUUUUCGACCUUUUGGCUGCUGCCUAUGAUGAUGCAAAGCUACUGAGCACUGAAGGUGUGCAAUACGGCGCUGGAGAACGACGCUGGAUGGUGAUGCUACGAACAACUGGUGAUUGGCCAUUUUUGGCCAAAGCCGGGUGCUUGCAAAGGACCUUCGCCAAUGCUGUGAAAUCUGUUAAUCAGGCAUCGACUGGUGUAUGUCAUUUAUGCGAAGCGGGGUUCCCGCACGCCCCACUUGAGCAAAUUGGGACAAGGCGACCUUCGUGGAUGCACACAGUGUCUGCUUCCUCGCCGUUCGGAUCGUGGCCUGAAGCUGGUCGCAUUCUUGACACCCAUGAGCAGCUGGCUCAGCACUUCGCCUACGAUAUUUUCCAUACAUUUCAUCUUGGUGUUGGGCGUACAUUCCUGGGGAGCGUGAUUGCACUUCUUUCUGAUUUAGAAAUUGGGAACAUCGACCAGCGCUUUCAAUGUCUUACCGAAAAAUACCGCACCUGGUGUGCAAGCAACCACCGUUCGACGAUCGUCACGAAACUUACCAAGGACCUUAUCACGUGGGAAACCACGACGGACUACCCCAAAGGUGGAUGGUACAAGGGGGCUUUGACCACCAAUCUUAUGGAAUGGGUGGAAUCGUUAGAGGGCACCACUACAGAUCCUUUGUUGGUUUCCGCUUUUGAAGCGACGAAGAGCAUCAACCGCUGUUUCCGCAUCCUCUAUGCCGAAGAUGCAUUUCUAUCAGCCGACACGGCGAAGCUUACUGGUGAGCUAAUCAGCCGCUUUUUACGCCGUUACGAGCAUUUGGUUCGAGAGACGUAUGAGAUGGAGUGCACAUUGUUUUCGGUACCUCCCAAAAUACACCCCUUGCACCACUUCGCUUUGGAUCUACUCAGGGCUGGACGUGCUGGACACCCAGGAAUCAACCCAUUGCUAUGGUCGACACAGAUGAGCGAGGACCUUGUGGGGCGCCCGUCCCGCCUUUCAAGGCGUGUCGGUACCCGAUGUGUGGUGCAGAGAACUCUCCAACGCUACUUACAAUCCGCUUAUCGGGAGUGGGUGAAAGCAGGAUUGCUCAUAGAGUCGAAGCUGCCCUGA